CACACUCCUCCCCUCUAGCUUAGCUUGUACCACUGCCAGCAGCAGCCAUGGCGGCGAGCGGCAAGAAGCUCCCGCCGUUCCUCUUCACGCUGCUGCUGCUGCUCUCCACCGCCGUGACGCCCAUCCUCUCGCUCCCGGACGCCGACCACGAGGUCGACUGCGACUGCGACAAGCCCAAGGCGCCCAAGCCGUCGCACCCGCCCAAGACCAAGCCCUCCUACCCGUCGCCCAAGCCCAAGAACCCCAAGCCGCCCAAAGGCCCCUCCUACCCGUCGCCGGCGACGCGCCCGCCCAAGGGCCGCCCCUCCAACCCGCCGGUCACUCGUCCUCGUCCUCCGGUCGUCGGCCCGCCCAAAGGCCCCGUCACGCGCCCGCCGGUCGUCGGGCCACCGGUCACGCGCCCGCCGGUCACACGUCCGCCGGUGACCUACCCGCCGAUCACCGGCCCUCCGACGACGCCGCCGAUCACCGGCCCACCGGUCACGGUACCCCCGAUCACCGGCCCACCGGUCACCGUCCCUCCGAUCACCGGCCCGCCCUCGACGACGCCUCCGGUCACCGGCCCGCCGGUGACCAACCCUCCCGGCGGCGGCGGCUCGACGCCGUGCCCGCCGCCUCCUCCCGCGACCCCGACGCCGACGCCGUCGUCGCCGACGUGCCCGGCGGACUCGCUGAAGCUGGGCGCGUGCGUGGACCUGCUGGGCGGGCUGGUGCACGUCGGGCUGGGCGACCCCGUGGUGAACAAGUGCUGCCCGCUGCUGGAGGGCCUGGUGGAGCUGGAGGCGGCCGUGUGCCUCUGCACCACCAUCAAGCUCAAGCUCCUCAACAUCAACAUCUACCUGCCCCUGGCGCUCCAGCUGCUCCUCACCUGCGGCAAGACGCCGCCGCCCGGCUACACCUGCACCGUCUGAUGAUGGAUCAACUAGCAGUAACCCGUGCACACAUAUAAUGCAGGGUUUUUGGAGUGAGUUUCUUCAGUAGUUUGAGGAGAAAUUAAUCGACAUGAGAGGAUGUCGUCGUCUGCUUCUUCCAAGCUAGCUAGGCUCCAGAAGAGAGGAGCACGUCGAUCUGCCGACGGAUCAUGAUCGCUCUAGCUACCUGUGUUUGGUUGUUUUUUUCUGUUGUUGUUUGAUCGUUCUUAACCGGCCUGCCUGUUGAGUUGUUUCAGUUAAUUUCGCUGGUCUCGGCACAGCUUGAUUGUUUGUGUGUGUCGUGUGGUUCAGUUCGAUGCAAAGAGGGUUGAUGGCUGAUUUCUGCUGCCACUAUUAGGUCACGGUGAAGAGCUUGCAUGUCCCCAAUAAUUUUGUGCACUUGUGUUUUUCA